AUAGCCCACUAUUAGAGUUGCUCUAAGCAGGUCGGAUCGCCCCUUCCUUAAAUUCUCAAAACCGUCACCAUCUCAAAUUCUUAACACUGAAUUUUAUCCAACCUCCCUCCCCCACUUCUCUCUCUCUUUCUCUCUCCUUUGACCUUUGAUGAAAAUGGCCACCAACGGUCAAGAUUUCCCUUUUGAAGAAGCUACAAUUACAGCCAUCCAUCAAGCGUUCUCCCAAAACAAACUCACCUGUAGACAACUUGUUGACUAUUACCUCAACCGCAUCGAAACCUUAAACUCUAUCCUACGCGCUGUGAUUGAGGUUAACCCCGACGCGCGGGCUCUCGCCGAUGUUGCCGACGAGGAAAGAUAUAAUGCCCGUCAAAAUGGCGGUAAGUUGGGCGCUUUACACGGUAUACCGGUGUUGGUGAAGGACACAAUUGGAACUAAUGAUAAAAUGGGCACCACAGCUGGGUCUUACGCGCUGGUGGGGUCAGUGGUGGCGCGUGAUUCGACAGUUGUGGAGAAGUUGAGGAAAGCUGGAGCAGUGAUAUUGGGAAAGGCUAGUUUGUCAGAGUGGUAUAAGUUACGGUCGAUUGAUCAUCUACCAAAUGGUUGGUGUGCUAGAGCUGGCCAAGGCGUGAACCCAUAUGUAAAAUCUGGUGAUCCUUGUGGCUCAAGCAGUGGUUCAGCAAUAUCUGUUGCAGCAAACUUGGUGGCUGUAUCACUUGGUACUGAUACUCACAGCUCUAUCAUCUGCCCUUGUGAUCAUAAUUCUGCUGUGGGUCUUCGGCCCACUGUAGGACUUGUUAGCCGUGCUGGUGUCAUUCCAAUUUCUUCCCGCCAAGACACUGUUGGGCCCAUUUGCAGGACUGUUUCUGAUUGUGUACAUGUAUUGGAUGAGAUUGCUGGUCCUGACCCUAGAGACGAGGAAGCAACGACAAGAUCAUCGAAAUUCAUACCCCAAGGAGGAUACAAGCAAUUCCUUCAAGAAGAUGGCCUUAGAGGGAAGAGAUUAGGCAUUGUUAGACAUCCCUUUGUAAGUUCUUUACAUGAAUCCACUGUGGCUCAGUCCUUUGAACGCCACCUCAAAACAUUAAGGGAACGAGGCGCAAUAUUAGUAGACUACCUUGAGAUCUCACACAUUGCUGAGAUUCUCAACCCUCAUCAUAGUGGCGAAAUAACAGCAAUGCUUGCUGAUUUUAAGCAUGCGAUUCCUGAAUACCUCAACGAGCUUGAAUAUUCUCCUGUGAGGUCUCUAGCAGACAUCAUUGCCUUCAAUGAGAAAAAUCCUGAACUGGAGAAGACGAAUGAGUACAUGCAGGAUGGGUUUAUCAAGGCAGAAAGUAUGCAUGGAAACGAGGAGGAAAUAGAGAGCAUAGUUGAGCAUCUCGACAAGUUGUGCAAGGAAGGAUUUGAGAAAAUGAUGGAAGAAAACAAAUUGGACGCAAUGGUGACACCGGGAACAAAGGCUAUCCCGGUGAUGGCUAUCGGAGGGUACCCUGGGAUCACAGUUCCGGCUGGUUAUGACGAACAAGGAACUCCAUUUGGCAUCUUAUUCUCAGGGUUGAAGGGAAUGGAACCAAAGCUCAUCGCCGCUGCUUAUGGGUUUGAACAAGCUACUGUGGCUAGGAAGCCUCCCCUAUUUCAUUCACCUGAAUGGCACGAAGAUUGAAGGCUAGCUUGCCCCUACAAUAUUUGUUAUUGUGGUUAAAAUAAUUGAUUAUUCAUGUGUUUUUUUGGGGAUACAAAUUAUACUUUGUGUUAAUUCUAGCUAUUGUGGUUAAAAAUGGAAGGAAGGAAGGAUAUCUCCACCAGCCUUCAAUCCCCCAUUCAAUCAUUUGAUAGCGAACACAUAUUACUCACACUCUAUGUCUCUAUGGUUACAGUAAGAGUAUAUGUUUUGGGCUUUACUGUUACCUUCCUCGGAUAGCCCGGCCCAUUUAUAUAACUUGUACUAGAAUCGGGUAAUCGCUAAUUGCUGUACCCGGGUACAGCCAGCUCUGGCUGUACCCCCCAAAAACGACACGCUCAUAUUGUUUGUUCAUUCUUGUCGACUGUUUGUUCUUUUUUAUUGUACUGUUUGUUCAUUCUUA